UAUAUAUAUAUAUAUAUAAUUUUCAAGCGGGGUUUAAACAAAGAUAUGUGUUUUUUAAUAGCGCAUGAAGACUCUCUGUGUCCGCCAUUAGUUUUCUCUGGCCGUCACUUCCACAAUCUUGUUGUGUUUCUGCCUUUAGCAUCUCUAUAACUGACCGGAUUUUUGCAGAGCUCUCCCUCACUAAUUUCAGCAAUCUCUGCCGAUAGCUUCCAUAUAGUUGAGUGGUGUUUGUCCUUUACAAGGCUAAGCUGUCCCCACUUAACUUUUGUAAGUCUUCCAUCAGUUACAUACAGCUCAAUUAACUGCCAAUCAUAUCAUUAUAGUUGAAAGGCCUUCGUCUUCUAUUAGUGUACCAUAAGCAAAUUUUUAGUGAUUAUAGUACCCCGUUGAAUGCAUAUAUAUAUAUAUAUAUAUAUAUAUAUAUAUAUAUAUGUAGCACCCUGUUAAAUAUAUGUAAAACAUAUACAUAUAUAGUACCCUGCUAAAUAUACAAUAAAGAUAUAUAUAUAUAUAUAUAUAUAUAUAUACAGUACCUUGCGUGUGUAUAUAUAUUUCCAUUAACUGUCACUAUGAAUAUCUCAGAAAGUGAGUUUAUGGACCUUAAUGACAAAAAGGCCAUUUUGUAUAUUCCGGUAUCCGUUUAUAUCGGGGUCACGAUGGUUUUAGGGAUCCUGGGUAAUUCUCUAGUAUGUUACGUCUAUGGUUGUUUGAUAAAACCUACAACGACGACGUGUUUCAUAUUAUUCCUGGGUAUCUACGAUCUGGUCUGCUGCAGUGUUACUCUACCGAUGGAGAUAGUCGAGAUGAGGUACCCUUAUUAUUAUUUGCCCACCUGUAAGUUCCAACGAUUACAAAUCACAGCGACUGCCAUUGCAUCCGGAUUCGUUCUUCUGUCCAUAGCCAUCGAUCGCUACCUGUGUGUGUGCAAACCCCAGAAAUCGAAAAUCGAAUAUCGCAUGGCUGUUAAAAUAGCGAUUAUGUCGGCUGUUGUAGCCGUGAUACUCUCGAUACCCGUGUACUUUAUAUACGGUCAGCACAGUUACGAGAUCGAAUCGAACGUACUCGUAAGUGAAUGCUCGUCGGAUUAUUCAAUGAAAUCAUCAAUACUGCCGCAGAUCUACUACGGAUUUCUGUUAAUCCUCUUCGUGGCAAUUCUCAUACCGUUGUCUCUGCUCUACAUAUUCAUAUGGCAGAAACUCCGGCGGCACAAGAAGAGCUCCCCUUUCGGCACCAAUUACUUGAUGGCUAGUCGCAACAGCUUCCAUUGCCUCGCCAGCAACGAAAUGUCUCUGAUGAUGGCCAAAGGCAAAAGCAAGAGCGACCCAACCGUCAACAACAUCAGAAUCAACCAUACUCCGACCAGGAAGGCGACAAUUGACAAACGAAACGGCCACCAUUUGUAUAAACUCCGCCGAACCACUAUGAAGCUGUUCUUUACAACCGCCUUCUUCUCCGUCAGUUUCAUACCUUAUCAUAUUCUCAUGAUAUACCGGACAAUCGUGGGUAACGUUGGGAAUUUAAUGCCCCUUAGUGAAGUCCUCUACAAUCUGUUCUUACGUUCCUACCAGCUUUAUACUUUGAACCCGACGAUAUACGCCGUGUGUGACCAAAAGUUUUGGAAAGAGCUCUGGAAUAUGUUUCCAUUUUGUAAAUGCGGUCACAAGGAAGAAAAAGAAGACAGCGAGGAAAUUGAAACCUAAAAAAGAAACACAAACAAUAAUGAUAAUAAUGAGAGUCAUAAUAAUAAUAAUAAUAAUAAUAAUAAUAAUAAUAACAAACAAACAAACACGACUGAAAACAAUACCUCCGCCUUCACUAAGGAGGGGGUCAUAAUACAAUGCUGAAAAAACUAUGAAGUAAAGUUAAAGAAAGACUAAAAAACAGAACAUUGUAACUAUUUCAUCAAUUUGAUGUUUUGUGUAGAACUAAAUACGAUAUUGAAACGGUGAAACGGAAUGAAAAUUUACUAAAAAAGAAAAAAAAUUUUUAAAUGAAAAUUUAAUGUGAACGAUAUCAUUGAGAUUGUAAAAAAAAAAGAAAUAGAAAAAGAAAACGUGAUUCUAUUUUUCCCUUUUUUCUUAUAAAAAAAAAAUUCAUGUAAUUUAAUUCAAGUUUAUUUAUUGUCAUUGUACAGAAGUGCAUCGAACAACAAGACGUUUCUAGAAAGAAUUUGAAUUAAAUACGUUACACACACACAUGCAUACAUCCAUACAUACAUACAUACAUACAUACAUACAUACAUACAUACAUAUAUAUUAAUUAAUUAAUGAAUGGCAGGAGAACAGGUGUCACGCAAUCAAUCACCCUCAUUGGUCUACGGCUGUUUCUGCGACAAGAUGAAGUAUACACAGAACUGAAUGCUUGCACCAACCUAUAGCUUCCUCGGAACCAUUAAACAUACAUACAUACAUACAUACGUACGUAUGUGCACAUGUUAACGAUACCAUUUACAGCAUUUAAAAGACGGUACCAGCGGCAACCAUUGAAUAAUGUUCGAACGAACAGUUUACAGCAUGUAACGAACACGUAAAAACUAUGUAAUGAACGUGUAAUAAUGACAUGUAAUGAUAUGUAAUGAUAACAACACGAUUUUGUAAAGGAAGCGGAACAUUAAAAACAUGGCGGACAGAAAUGUACGGAGCAGGCACUUUGUUACUUUUCUCUGUGUUGACCCAGAUCACACACCCACUGUUUGACUAGCUGGGACUGUGUCCACAUAACGAAAGCAAUGCAGACAACUGCGUGCGUGUAUGUCGGUAUGUGUGUGAAUGUAAAUGUGUGUUUGUGUCUGUGUAUAUAUAUAUGUGUGUGUAUGUGUGUAUGUAUAUACGUACGUACGUACAUAUGCAUAUUCUUUCACUCUUUUAUUUGUUUCAGUCAUUUGGCUGCGGCCAUGCUGGAGCACAGCCUUUAGUCGAACGAAUCGACCCCAGGACUUAUUGUUUGUAAGCCUGGUACUUGUUCUAUCGGUCUCUUUUGCCGAACCGUUAAGUUACAGGGACGUAAACACACCAGCAUCGGUUGUCAAGCGAUGGUGGGUGGACAAAAACACACACACACACACACACACAUACUGAAGUCAAAUUUGAAUCUAGUCAAACCGCCGUGUUUUUUCCCAACCAGUAUUAAGAAAAAAUCAUGGGACAACUCAUGUGAACAGAACGACAUCGGUGAGAUUCGAACUCUCAGCGACAUGUUCCCAGCUGACUCACAUCUCAACAGUGGGUGCCACCUCAUCUUAUAUUUGUAAUUAUUUUUUCAAUGUUUCUUCAUGUAAUGUCAUUGAAUUUAUAAAACAACUUAAUAACCAUC